AUGCUUAUUCUUACAUUCUUGUUUUCAACUACACUCAACACUCUCCUCUCUCUCACAGCCACAAGUGGACUCGAGCAUCAUCAACUCAUCCUUGUCAACAACUGCAACGAGACCAUAUGGCCCGCUAUCCAAGCUGGCGCGGGCCACCCGACCCCACAAGACGGCGGCUUCCAACUAAGCACCAACCAAGAAAUCGUCCUCAACGUCCCAAACAAAUGGUCUGGCAGGAUAUGGGCCCGCCAAUCGUGCAAUUUCGACCCAAACGGCCAAAAGGGCUCGUGCGCCACCGGAGAUUGCUCUGGCCAGCUUGGCUGUCGGGGCCUUGGCGGCCUGCCACCAGCAACGUUAAAUUUACUAAACAACAACAUAUGGUAUCACAAAAUGCAAUGA